AUGAUCGCCCUCUCGCGUUGUUGCCUGCGAUAUGUGCCACGGCGACCGCCGGCGUUCGGCGCAGUCGUUGGAGGUGGUACUCGGCCACGGCGCUCAGGUGCGCCGGCACCACGGCAACGCCAUCAAGAGACGGCUGCAAACACGGAGGCGGUGGCAGAGGCUGAGGUUGUCGCCGCCCCCACCUCGACAUUGGAGGACGCCAAGCGUGCAACCGAAGACCUCCCCCACACGGCUCGGACGUCGCCCCCGCACCUGCAGCCUCACCGCGCGGCUGCCUCUACACCACUGCCGCCCCAUCUGCGGUUCCGUGCACUUUCCAAACCGGUGGUCCUCGAGGACGUGCAGGACACGUAUGCCGUCACGCCAACGCAGGAGGUGCGCGGCCAGCAGCUGUGGGCGGCCACAAAGGUGCUGCGCGCCAACAAACAUAUUCGCAAGGCGAAUGCCACCUGCGUUGUGGGAGGCGCCAGUGCAAUACGACGCAUCUGGCGCACGUACAAUAUCCGGCCGAACGUCGUGUAUGUGCCGAACACUGAUUCCCGGGUACCGGCGUGGUGCCUCGAGGAGGAGCUGCCGACGGUGAUUGUGCGUUGCUCGCCUGUGGCGGUAAGGCGGCACCUGUUGAGCGCCGAGUACAGCGACGGCUACGCUGCCGAGUUCCCGCUGCCAGUGAACUGCGUCACAGAUGCCACAGCACUGCUGGCCCCACCACCGGAGCCGGCCCAAAGUGAGACUGCCGUGCCAAGCACGAGCGACGCGUCAUCAUCGCAGUCGGCAAAGCUCUCGGCGACAGGACCGCCGGCAGCUCGCCCCUUGCACGACCCCUUCGGUCACCACGCUGUGCGAGCCAUGCUUGUAUUGGUGGGGCUGCGCAUCCCCAGCAACGUUGGAGCUUUGUUGCGUGCCGCUGCAGAUAUGGGCUACGACGCUGCCGUACUCGUCAAUUGCGCCGACCCGACGCAGGAGAAGGUGCUUCGAGCGAGCGAUGGCACCGCGCUGAGCCCGACCCUGCGCAUCUACGAGACGGAGACGACAGAGCAGGCGUGCGUGUCGCUACUCUCCAGCAUCGCCGCGCAGCAUCGCCUCAUGCCGUUUCUGGCGGUACCGUCGCAGGAGGUCGAACCUGCUUUUGAGGUAGCGAAGCGCUUCCACGUCUAUAAUGCCAAAAACAAGGAAGCGGCCACGUCGCAGGUCAGUGGAGGUGGGGCGGCAGGUCACAGUGACGCCCUCUGCACCCCUCCGCCGAAGCAGCUCGGCGCAAUGGUCAUCCUCGGCUCGGAGGCGCAGGGGCUGCGUGACCUGAACGGCAGGUGGGGUGUGCCAUACCAGCUGGUGACGCUGCCACUGCCCAACCCGAUGGUAGACUCCUUCAACGUGAGUGUGGCAGGGUCGGUGCUGAUGCAUCUGUUCCGCCCCAGCGCGGCAUCGCACUUCACGCGGCUCGUGGCGCUCUCGGGAGAAGUGGUCGGCGACUUGUUACCGGCACCUGUAGCAGAUGACGACGAGAGCGAUCAGCACGCGGAGACAGACGGAGCGGAGGCAAGUCCCCUCUAG